AUGACAGCCUUGCCCAGGCUUCUGGAUGCUGGAACUGUCUCACACUCGCAGAGUGUAAUGGGUAAAGAGGAAAUAGGCUCCAAAAAGUUAACUGCAACAUACAUAAGGCGAGAAAUUCAGGAGGCUGAUGAAGCAAAUUUGCUUGAUGAAGAAGAUAUGCAUAUUUUUGGUUUGAGGCCAAUGACAGAUUUUUUGGAUUUGGUGUGCUGCAACUUAUGCAAAAAGCCAAUAAGGACCAGUCAUUAUGCUGCACAUGCAGAGCUUU